GAAUCAAUUAUUAAAAAUGGAGGUCGAUUUUUUGAGCUUGCAUUAGGGAAUCGAUUUAUGCAAUACGAGGGUUCGUUAAUGCGCAGACGCGUAAUAGAUGGUUGUAUGCAAAUAGAGAAAUUAAGAGCUGAUGGUCGUGUCAUGAUUGAUCUCCGAAGUUUUGCAACCAUGAAUCCUCAGUAUGAAAUGGGUAAUGCUAAACCGCCAAACAAAGGUGAUGUUGAAUUGUACUGUGAAAAGGGUGUUUACCUUGAAAAUGAUGAAAUCCCUCUGGAAGAUAAUUAUUUUCUCGCACCUGCAGUGGUGUAUGGGUUUAGCUUUGCUCUAAAAGAGUGGGGACUAUUCGAAGUCUCAAAGUUUUCAGAUAUUUGUUUUGAUGCGGAUGCCAUUGACCAUUUAGUAAUAUCCCAGAAUAAAAAAGACAUGCUUACAGGGUUAGUGAGACAAUACGGUGAACUAAAAACAAACAUUCAAUUGGAAAAAACGCUCGAUCCUAUAUCCAAUAAAGGUAAUGGAUGCAUCUUUCUAUGUUAUGGGCCACCUGGCACUGGAAAAACAUUGACAGCUGAAUGCGUGGCUGAAUUUCUAAGACGACCGCUAUGGAAUCUUACUAUACACGAACUCGGAACCAAAGCUAAAGAACUAGAAGAAAAUCUGACUAAGGUCCUAGAUAUCGCUCACAAAUGGAGGGCUGUCCUCCUACUUGACGAGGCUGAUAUAUAUCUCGAAAAACGUGAUACAAAAAAUAUAGAACGUAAUGCUAUGGUUGGUGUAUUUUUACGUCUGCUUGAAUAUUAUCAAGGAGUCCUCUUUUUGACAACAAAUCGAGUUACAAAUUUUGAUGACGCUAUCUGUUCACGAGUUAGCAUGUUCUUCCAUUAUCCAAAACUCAAUGAAAAAGAAAGACUUGGAACAUGGGCUAAUUUCAUAAGACGUGGCAAUCUUCCUUUCAAGGCAGAUGACUUUGUUAAUUAUGAGUUGAAUGGCCGUGAGAUUCGUAAUGUUAUUCACAUCGCACGAAAGUUGGCGCAAGAUAAGGGUACAGAUUUGAGUUCAGAAAUUAUGAUUGAUGUAAUUGAAACUGUUCUUGGAUUCCAAAAUGAAAAGAAUAGAUCAAAAAUUACAUCUAAUGGUGUGAACCAUUAA